AUGCCACAAUGGGGUGCGGGGAAUUCGAGGGCAAUCGAAGCUAGGCUCCGAAAGAAAAUGGAAAAAGACAGGAAGCAGAAGGAGUUGGAGGAGAAAAAAUUGGAUGAAUACUGGAAGGAUGAUGAUAAGAAGGUUCAGGCGAAAAUGCAGAGGAAGAUGGAAGCUGAAAAUAAAAGACAACAGAAGCUUGAUCGGAAAAAAGAACUAAGGGAAUUGUAUGGAGAAGAAGAAAAGGCUCUGAAAUCGAACAAAGAGAGUAAAACGUCCAGUUCUAAGGUUACCCAGGCGCAGAUUUUACAAAGGCUCAUUGAGGAGAAGAAGAAAGAAUUGCAGGAGGAUAAAAAAAAGAAGAAUAACCUGAAUGCACACGAGAUGGAACUGGAGGAGAAUAUUAACCACAUCCAGAGGGACGAGAUAAAUGAAUAUGAUGAGUAUAUAAAUGCCUCUGGAAUUGAUAACGUCAUUUCUGCAUUAGACAAUAUCUCAUUUGAAAAAACGAAAAAAGUCAAAGUUGCCUAUAAAAAAUUCGAGGAGGAAAAUUUGCCACUUAUUAAGGAAGAGCACAAGGGUUUAAAACUCUCGCAGUAUAAGCAAAUGUUGUGGAAGCAGUUUAAAAAAUCACCAGAGAACCCAAUGAACCAGAUGGAUUAA